AUGUAUGACCUUGAGAGGCCUUGCCCAGCCCUCCACUCUCUACUGAACCUGACAGUCACUGAAGCCUCAGAUGUCUACUUCUCCAUCACUCCUGGCACCAAGUACCCCCCACCAAGUCUCACCCACCCUCUUGAGAGAUUAGGAGGUUUUGCCCAGGUGGAGUGUGAAAAGCAAAGGAUCAUCACAGAAUUCAAACACCUGAGUCAGGUCCUAAAGGAGGAGAAGUUUCUCCUGUCACGACUGGCCUGGCUGGAUCGGGAAGGAGCCGAGGGGAGCCACCUCUCUAUGACACUUAACACUGAGGCACAGCUGAACUCUCUCAAUAAGCUUGUUGAUUCCCUGAAUGCCAAGCAGCAAAUGUCACCCAGUGAGUUGCUCUGGGACAUUAAAGUUGUUUUGUGCAGGACUCAAAAGUUUCAAUUUCUCCAUCCAACUCCUGUUCCUACGUACCUGGAAAAAUUCAGUGAAGCUAAAUCAAGGCAUAACUCCAUCACGGAAACCCUGAAGAAAUUCAGUGAAAAGCUCCAGGCUGAUGGGAAGAAAGAUAAAUGCAGAUUUUUCAGAGGCAUGAAUGAGGACUUCAUGAAGAGCUGGACCCUGUUAGAGAAAAAUAAUUGUGAAAUGAACAAAAUCUUGGAGCCUGUGUCACCCUUUCCAGAUCGGAGUCCUGCCUCCUGA